ACGAAAGAGAAGUUCUAUCGUUCUUCUCUAUCUUUCUAAUGGGAUACACUUUUUGGAUAUAAUUUUACGAGUUUUGUAAAAUGAUUUGUCGACUUUGUUUAGUGGGAAUAAAUAAUGGUAAGAAAAUUUGUACAGAUAACGGCGAAAGGAAAAUUGCCGAUAUGAUUGCAAAGUAUUUUUGUAUUGAGAUACAUUCGGACGAUGCCGUUUCUAAUGAAAUUUGUUUCGAAUGCUGGAAACAAAUUAACGAUUUUCAUAAGUUUUACCUUGAUAUAGAAGAAAAGCAAAAGACUCUUAAAUCACAUUUAGAAAGCACUGAAUCAAAUCUUUGCAUAGAAGGUAUAGAGACAGAAGAAUUCCCUUUAGCUCAUACAAUUUCACCCAAUGACGAUAAAGGAAUUGAAUUAGGUGAACCACAAAUUGAUUUGCCAAUAGUACAAAUAGAGAACUCUGAAGAUGAAGUCGAAUUUGAUGCUGCAGAGUUGGACAAUGAUAACUCAACAGAUCAAGAUGCAGCACUAUCGCCAGAACCAAAAUUUGCAAACAAAACUAAGCGAAGAAAAAAGGUUGCGGAUGUUAAGCAUUUACCUAAGCGGAAGUAUCGAAAAAAUUCGUUAAAGGCCAAAAAUGUUAAUAAUGAUGUUAACGACGUCGCAAGCGAAGAAGAAAUCACUAGACGGCGUAUGGCCAAGUUGGCUCUGAUUGCGGAGAUGGAUGACUACAUCGCAAAAAAUUGUGAAUUAAGUUGUUGUUUGUGUAAGCAACAUGUGACAGACUUUCUUCAUCUGAGAAAGCAUUUCAGAGAAAAGCAUAAAUGUGAAGGAUAUAUGACAUGUUGCAACAGCAAAUUUAUAAAACGGUCUCUUUGGGCUGACCACCUCAAAUCGCAUAGAGAUCCAAACUUUUUCAAAUGUCAUAUCUGCAAUAAGAAGCUGGCAAGUCGCAAUACUUACCAAAAUCAUAUGGAUUCUAAACAUCCCGAUAUCAGUGAUUUGCAGUUUUUUUGCAAAUUGUGCCCACGAAAAUUCGUUAAACAAUACCUUUUAGAUUACCAUAUGAAAUCGAAGCAUACUACUACCCGUGAUUUUAUAUGUAAAACAUGUAAUAAAGGGUGCUGUAUACGUUUCUCUGAAAUACUUUAUCUAAAUUCCUAUAAAAACUUUAUUAUUUUCUUAAUCCAUAGAUUUGUAAGUGCUGGGGUUUUGAAGAAACAUGAAAGAAAUAUUCAUUUGAAUGAAUAUGAAUCUGUAUGUGAAAUAUGUGGAAAAUGCUUCAAAGCGGCACACAAUCUUUUACGUCAUGUAGAUGCCAUACAUAGUGAAGAACCACGUACACGAGCACAAUGUCAUAUAUGUCACAAGUGGCUCAAAAACGCAUACACUCUUAAAAAGCACAUAAUAGCACACAGCGAAGAGCCAGCGGAAAAAGAGUACCCAUGUGAUAAGUGCAGUACAAUAAAGUAUUCCAGACAUUCGUUAGCGGCACACAUACGCUACCAUCAUUCGAAUAGAAGCUUUAAAUGUCCUGUUUGUGAUAAAGAAUUCAAACUUCCAAUUGCGUUGAGGGAACAUGAAGCCAUACAUGCGGGUAUACAUCUUUACACUUGUUCGAUAUGCGCCAAAAAGUACAGAUCUAUCCGUAAUAUGCGCAAACAUAUGACCGAACAUUCUAAGAAGAAGUUGCAUCAAACGUAUAGUGAAGCCUCGCAGCAGCAACUAACUGAAUGUGCUGCAAAUCAGGAAAGUACUUCAAACGAAAUGGCUUCUGAUUAUUUAAGUCGAUUGCCGCUGAAUGAACCACAUUCGUAAACAAAAGAGCAUUAUCAACCAACACUUUUUUAAGCACAACUCACAUUUAUGAGUAGUUGAUUUUCUAACAAGUAGGAAUAGCUGAUGGCAUUUUGCGAAUAGCUUUUACUUCUUGUCACAUAUAUACCGGUUGACUUUCUCUGUAGAUGGGCAUCCAUAAAUAAAAUUUUUGGACGGCUUGUGUGGCUGUGGUUGACUUUUGCUUAAGCAGGUGGAAUGCCAAAUUUGCAAAAGAUUUGAUUGUAAAUAUUAUUAGUAAAAGUAUUAUUGUUGAUUAAGUUUAAUUAAAAUAUAAUUAUACAG